GCCAUGUGUAUGUCAUUCUGUAACAAAGGUCCUGUGGUAAAGUAGUUAGAAAGCAAGACAUUUUUAGUAAUAAUGGGCCAAAAAAGUAUUUAAGGUGCAGCGAGGUGCAUGUGUUGUCAUACUGAGAAUAGUCUUGCAGUACUUUUUUAGGAGAAAAACAAAAACAAAACCAACCCACAACCCUCUUUUCCCUUUCCGCUGCGCUACUCGAGUACCAGAAGUUUGGCCUAUGAUACUUGUACUUCAUGUCCAUGGGAAACUGUAAAAAGUCGUCUGCUUUUUAUUUAUCUUCGCGGUCUGUAUCACAUGCUGUUUAUUAAAACAAAACUACUUUUGUUUGGUUUUUAUCACACUUUUGAGUGUUAAUGUACAUACUAACAACUAAAUUAAAAUACUAUGGUUGGUACACGUGUGAAUUCUGAAGUGAGAGUCCAAGGAUCUUCAGGCGCGGAGGUGUGAUGUGGUGGCGUGGCUGCGCUUCCCAGGCGGGCUGGGAGGUAGAAAUGGCGUAGGUCGGGUAAUGGGGGGGGAGAGCAGAAACGGGAUUUGCGUUACCUGGUGGGUGGGAAGUCCUAGGUGCACGCAGCAUUCAUUCUCGUACACGCUGAUCCUCAAAAAUAAGUAACUUGCUUUAGAUGUGGGCCGCAAAAGUUGCGGUAGGAGAGCAGAUGUUCCUGAAGUGUUCCAGCUGGGUGGCUUUAAAGCCGCUGCUAAAUAAUCUGGUUUGUUUUUUAAAAAAAAAAAAAAAUCCUCUGUGCUUUCAUUACCAAAACUAUUAUUUUUAAGAACAAACUAGGUUGUAUUUUUGUAUCCAGUACAAAUUUUGAAAGAGUGAGUAGCGCGUUUGGGAGAUUCCUCACUGGCAAGUGUAAGAGCACGGGGCCGCAGUGGAAUGGCUUCUGUGGGCGUGCUGGUGGUCGCCUUUGGACUUCGAUUGCUAAAGACCUGCUAUCGUGGGAGGGGUUUGAGCGCUCGUGCUGAGAAUUUCACUUCCUUGGAGGGAUGAGGGAAGCGUCAGGGGUUUUAGCUGGGUCACUCUACAUCUUUGUCCCCCAGUAAGCCUCAGGCUUUGCACACUGGUCAGAUCUGCUUCGGAUUUGAGAAGGGCUGCGCUGGGUUCAGACUCCCUAACAAAAAGCGGACAUCGUUAUCCGCACGCUUAUUUUGAAGCUCAAGCUGACCUCUAGCCUGGAGAGAGUGAACCAAAGUACAGCUAGUGAUUUUUUUGGAGUGGCUAGUGAUUUUCAAAGUAGCUAGUAACCUGAACUAGCAGAUUAAACUUCUCUUUAUUGCAGCGUAAGCUGAGUUUUACCUUUCCUAGCGACUGUGAAAUGGUUAUGUGUGGUUACUGCCUUGUUUUAAAGGCACCGGAUGGUUCAGGGAAAGGGGGUCAAUGGUUCUUGUUCAAAUGCACGUUUUAGACUUUGCUGCCAUUGCGAUGGUGUGAGUUUGGGGGCAGUUCUAAGUCUUGAUCCCAAAAGCAUCAAAAAAAAAAUAUGGAAAACUUGCAAAAGAAUGCUGGUGAAACAGAAGAAUGAUUUGCAACGUGGGCAGUUUGCUUUAGCACGGCAAUCUCCAUGAGCCCUCUGGAUUUUUACGCUCAGAGAUCAGUCUGGAUUCCAGGUUGGAAAGACUUCAUCCGAAAAUCUGACUCCGCGUAACAAAAAAGCAGGAAAACUGGUGCCAGACAGGAUACCUGGGAUAACCUCCUGUGUGUCCUUUUAACCACUAACGAGCCCGCCCCCAGCAAAGGUUAUCGCAGCUACACUUACUGCUUUCACUGAAGAAAGGUUUACUCCACUCUCCGUAUUUUGGUAAGGAUACGUCCCUCUAGUUGAAAUGAGCACCCUCUGCGUUGCCCAUUUAAGCAGCGAGGUGAAUGUUGCACGGCCUCUUCUAAAUUUCCAGUUGGAACGGGUUCCGAGUGAUUAAAACCUGACCCAGAGCUCCGAACAUCCCAAGCACGUGGUGGUUUAGAAAACGAGCCUCAGCCUGUCUGAAGCACUGAUGGCACCGUUUGAUGCCCCUGACUUCGAACCAGACCUGCGGCCUCGGAGGGGAUUCUCCUCGGGAUCAUUUCUUUCACUCAAAGUCUGGUCUCUUCAGCUGACGUCGGUGUUGGGCUGGGAUCAAUCAAACGGCACGGAAGAGGUCUUUGGGCUGCUUUGCAUGGAAGCGACUCGGUUGUCCUGGAAUUCAGUCCUGCUGGCUCCAUCUUUUAAGAUCAGGCUCAGUGAAUGAAGUGCUGGGCGGAAUUCCCUUGUCUGUUUGAAGUCACCAAGCGAAGCCUUGCAUCUUCAACAUAAACGACUUGUUUUUCAAGAGGGCAAGAUGCUGUUUGAAAUAUUCUGCUUCGCGGGGAAACACAAGCUGCUACGUUGACACAAGCAAAUUUGGGCUUUGCGAGGUGCUGGCUCUGAUGUCACCGGAUCAGACGCAAUGAGCUGCCAAGUACAGUGAAAGCCAACAAACCUGGGACAACAGGAAAACAGAUACCCUAAUGCAGUUACCUUAUUCAUUUUGAUACUCUAAACCACAAUUAGUACCAGUUUUUUAUGCUGUUUUCUAGCUUCAAUUUCCAUAGCUUCGUACUUUGUAAUGCUCCUGUAUCUGAUUCUUUUUUUUUUUUUUCCAAGUGUUUUAAAACGCUGUCGCUCCAUAGAUGAAAAUCGUCUCGAGCUGAUGUAUUCACUACAUUUGGAAGCUGUGCAGCCGUCAGCUUCCUAGCUGCUCUGCUUGUCGAUACUGAAAAGCCCAGGAUUUUUGACCAUUCAAAAUGAACGAACAUCCUAAAAAGAGGAAAAGGAAGACUCUACAUCCUUCUCGAUACUCAGAUUCUUCAGGUGCAAGCAAAUACAUAGACAACAGUGGAAUUUUUUCUGACCACUGCUAUAGCGUCUGUUCUAUGAAACAGCCAGAUAUAAAGUUUUCUGAAAACAGAGGUAGAUUCCACAGCCCAGUGCAGAGCCUGGACACGGAUGAUGAUGGGAGUCCGGUGCACGCUGGGACUUCGCAGUGGAGCGGGUCGCAUUCACACGUUGUGGGGUUGCACUAUACAGACCCUAAAAAGAAGGAUAAAGGUCAAGAUAAAGGCACUAAUAACGGAAUGUGCAGGGACUUAUGUGAUUCACCUAUAUUCAGCGACAGCCCUACAGAAGAAGAGAAGCCCCUAGAUAUUCAAACUGUAGAAAUUUCUACAACAGAAGUGAACGCUGUAGAAGUUCAUGAUAUAGAAACACAGACUGUGUCACCUGAGAAGCUAGAAGCUGAGGACCUAGAGGAAAUCCCUCUGGAAACUUGUAAAAUCUUUGAGAAGAACCAGGCUCUGAAUAUCACAGCGCAGCAGAAAUGGCCUUUGCUGAGAGCCAACAGCAGUGGCUUAUACAAGUGUGAGCUCUGCGACUUCAAUAGCAAGUACUUUUCUGAUUUAAAGCAGCACGUGAUCCUGAAGCAUAAGACGUGUACAGACACACAUGUCUGUAAAGUUUGCAAAGAAAGCUUCUCCAGCAAAGUGCAGCUCAUUGAACAUGUAAAACUACAUGAGGAGGAUCCGUACAUCUGUAAAUACUGCGAUUACAAAACGGUGAUAUUUGAGAAUCUGAGUCAGCACAUAGCAGACACUCACUUCAAUGACCACCUUUACUGGUGCGAGCAGUGCGAUAUGCAGUUCUCCUCCAGCAGCGAGCUGUACCUGCACUUCCAGGAACACAGCUGCGACGAGCAGUAUUUGUGCCAGUUCUGCGAGCAUGAGACAAACGAUCCGGAAGAUCUGCACAGCCAUGUGGUGAACGAACACGCGUGUCGGCUGAUAGAGUUAAGCGACAGCUAUAACAACAAGGAGCGCGGACAGUACAGUCUCAUAAACAAAAUCAGUUUUGACAAAUGCAAAAACUUCUUUGUAUGCCAAGUGUGCGGCUUUAGGAGCAGGCUGCAUACAAAUGUCAACAGGCACGUAGCGAUUGAACACACCAAAAUAUUCCCUCAUGUUUGUGAUGACUGUGGGAAGGGCUUUUCAGGUAUGUUGGAAUAUUGCAAGCAUUUAAGCUCUCAUUUAUCUGAAGGGAUUUAUUUGUGUCAGUACUGUGAAUAUUCAACAGGACAGAUUGAAGACCUUAAAACUCAUUUGGAUUUCAGGCAUUCAGCAGACUUACCUCAUAAGUGUACCGAUUGCUUAAUGAGGUUUGGAAAUGAGAAAGAUCUUUUAAGUCAUCUUCAGAUACAUGAGACAGCUUGAUUACUUUCUUUCCCUGUAAUCGAUUUGUUAGAAUUGCAAUUAGUUUCCAGUCACUAAAAUGCGAUAUUAAAUACAAUUUUAACAGCAAUUACACAAUUCUAAUGUUUUUAUAUCAGCAAAGCAUGUGUAACGACUUGGUGGUGUGAAUUUCCUUACCUAG